AUGCCGUUACAUUCACACCCCUCUUCAGCGGUGACAUGUGUUAAACUUCUUCUCACCUGUACUCCCUGUGGUCUCUUCCCUGCUGUCCGUCAGAUCUACUGCUGCGCCGGCUUCCUGUCGCUCACCGGCCAGCUGCACCAGGUGAACGCUGACCUGCUGGGCUGGUGGCUCUGCGAGAGGCAGCUGCCGUCUGGAGGCCUGAACGGACGCCCGGAGAAGCUUCCGGAUGUGUGCUACUCGUGGUGGGUUUUAGCGUCUCUGAAAAUCAUUGGUAGGAUCCACUGGAUCGACAAGGCCAAGCUGCGCUCGUUUAUUCUGGCCUGUCAGGACGAGGAGACCGGAGGCUUUGCCGACAGACCGGGAGACAUGGUGGAUCCUUUCCACACUCUGUUUGGAAUCGCAGGUCUCUCUCUUCUCGGGGACGAGCAGAUAAAGCCGGUGAAUCCGGUUCUGUGCAUGCCGGAGGACGUCCUGCAGAGGGUCCGCCUGCAGCCCGACAUCCUCAGCUAGCCCACGACACCAUCACAACAACACACACACACACACACACACACACACACACACACACACACACACACACACACACAGCUACACACCCAGAGAGAGAGAGGACCGCUGCACAUCUUAGUGUUAACUGAAGUUCACAGACACAUUCAGAUGCAGGUUUCACCAAGGACAAAGAGAGUCUGUCUUCACACCCUCACAACUUAUGUUAUCAUGUCACUUUUGUCGGUUUUACUGCAAGAGAACAGUUUGGAAAAGACCAUCAGUGCUAAACUCCAGAAACCAUUAGAAAACAUUCCUUAGAUUUCCGACUUACUCUGUCUGAGGGGAAACAUGUGACCGUUAGCGAACUGGAAUAUUCUCAUAGCUCUCAUUGGCCAGAGACAGAGGCACUGAUUAUGUGCAUUAACCAAAUGAUAAGGGUAGAUUAUUUUUGACAGAUUAAGACACUUGACUGGUUCUGCCUUUCUUAUGCAUCGACUGUGUCAAAUAAAUUGUCAUUGAAAAGUAAAAGUAUGUCAAGGUAAAACUAUCCUUGUCCUGUUUAAACUAGAGCAAAUGUACCACCCCUUUGCUUCCAUCUCUUACAAUUGGAGAAGCAACAUAUGACAUGUUGUGAACAAGUUAGUUAACUUCAGUUUACAGUACUAACAGGAAUAGUUUUUUGCAUAGAUUUGAAGAAGACGUAAUCUUUUGUCCCUAGAGGUAUACAACAUGGCCACCUCUUUGUCUCUUGCCAAGCACAAUUAAAGUCUUAUCCACAAUCUUAGCUACACUAUUUAUUUAAACCUGUGUUACUCAACCCAGAUGUGUGAUGCAGCUGUGGGCAGAGAGUUAAGCCCCCAAACUUAAAACAUGAAAUAAAUGUCCGUCUCAAAUGUUGAUGAUGUUUAAGCUUCUUCUUAAGUCCCCCCCCCUUUUCAGUAAUAACUGAUUGUCAUAUUGCUGCACUCUUGUUGUCUUUCUCUUAUCUGUUGUAAGCUAACUGUUCAGUGUUGACAUUGUUACAGAGAGUCACUAAAUCACUCAUUGAACUCAUUAGUGUGUCCCCAAUUGAAAUGACAAACUGAUAAAUGUUCAUAUUGACAUUGUUAUGCCAAGUUAAUGCUGUGUCAUUACUCAAACAAAUCCCUUUUAUUAUUAUCAUCCGGUUUAUAUCACAAUUAUAAAGAAAUUGUUUGAUUCAAAAAGUCAACAUUUUAGGGUAAGCUUCUAUUUCUCAUCUGUGUUGUGGGGGCAGCUCUAAUCCAAAAAGCUGCUUACUGUCUGUGUGUAUAUUCAUGUAACUUAUUUGUUAUUUUGGUUGGCAAUAAAUGUAGGAUAACUCCAUCAA